UGCAGGCUGGUUCCGUAAAAUAAUUUCAAGGUGUCCACUUGGUUGCAGUACCUGUUCCGUCUACAACGGGUGCAUCACAUGCAAGCCAAGGUAUUUGUUUCUCUUGCACCGCAGUGGGAUGAAGCAGGUGGGACUGUGCACCCAUGCCUGCCCCGUGGGUUUCUACCCCAACAGUGCUGGCGAGUACCACCGCUGCUCAAGAUGUCGAAUAGAAAACUGUGAUACGUGCUUCAGUCGGACCUUUUGUUCCCGCUGCGAGCCCCCAUAUGUAGGUUUAUACGGAAAGUGUGUCCUCCAGUGCCCGGAUAACAUGUAUGUUAAUGAGAUGACGUCACAGUGCGAGGUCAAAGUCGACUGUGCUGUGUCACCCUGGUCGCCAUGGAGUCCGUGUAUCAAGAAAGGCCAAACCUGUGGCUUCAAAUGGGGAGAGCAUCGUCGGUAUCGAGAGAUCAUCGCCCGACCCACCCCAGGGGCCAUCCCCUGUCCCGAGCUGGUGCAGACAGAGAAAUGUCGCACGCAACAACGUUACUGCCCAGGUCAUUUGCCGAAGAAGCCAAAGGAUAAGGACAAGCGCAAAAGACAAAAGGAUAAAGAAAUCACCGACAGCCAGGAGGUUACACCAAGGAAAAGGGACGGUAACAAGAAAGAAAGAACUAAUCGGAAGAAUAAAAAGAGGGAAAGGCAAAAGACGCCCUCUAGGGACGAAAAGCGAGAAAGGCAGAGGAAAGAUGAUCAGCUGAUAGAAUUUCCCUUGUCGACGAGGAGGACGAUAUGAAAUAAGCAAAAGGCUUGAAAUGGAUUGAAGCGGGAUCUGUAGACAUGAUGGAUAAUGCAGAAUUCAAGGCGGGAUUCAAAAUGAAGAACAACUAUCGGCUCGUCCCGUGAUGAUUCUAUGCAUAUUCGGCAUUAAUCGCACCGUCUUAUUAAUAUGUGAACUAUAUUAUUAUCAUUAUCAUCAUUCCGUUCAUGUUCCAUUUGUACAUUAACUUUUUGGAUGCUUCCAACCCCCUCCCCCAUCAAAAAUUGUUAUUUUGGGCGUAAAGGUGUUAUUUAUAAAAUGUAUUAUAAAGUUUUGUCUUCCAAUCAUCGUUUUGCCAUCUCCAGUCACACCCACUAUACACACUUCAGUCCGAUCAAAGCUAAUGCAGUAUACAUGUUAAGGCCACCGCACACCUUACGACUGUUCGCGAUCCGAUUUUGGAACAAAUCGCAUUUUGAUAAUUUUCUGAAAAUGUGAAUGGAACAUUUCAUUUUAUUUGAGGUUAAAAUUAAUUGAAAGAAUACUAAUAUAACCAUUUUGAAAGAUUGCAAGCCUUUAUUUUGGAGUAAAUGCAAAAUUAGUUUCAAAUCGUAGCUAAUCGUACGAUUGCUAUGACGUCAUUACGACUAGCUAUCAAAUUUGCUUUUAUUUUACGAAGGAUGAUUAGUAGACCGGCCAAAACGAUUUUUUAUACUUUGGACGGCAAAAUUUGUUAAUGCUUGCUAAUGCUUGGCAUCCCAGCCAAUAGUCUUGCAAAAAUACCCAGGAAUAGCGUGCGGCCGGAUGCCAAGCGCAAUUUUGCGUGAAAGUGUCAUUUUUAGCGUAAAAUCUGAAAGAAUGUCGAAAAUCACGCAUUUUGAUAUUUUGACGGAUUAUCAUCAUAUUGUUGAUUAUCUUUAAUAUGAAAUUAUUUUUAUUCAGAGUUUCAAAUUAUAAGUUUCAUAAAUAUACAUUUCAAAUUUGAAUAUUACACACACACAUAUGGCACAGUGAAACAUAAAACCGCGAUUUUCUCAAAAUAAAAGUUUGUGAAAACUAUCAAUAGUUUGAAGUUUUUUACGCAACUUAAAUUCUUCGAUUUCAAUUCGUUUAUCCAUCGAAUGUAAAGUAAAUGUCCUAAUGCCACAAAUAUUAAAAGAAUUUUCGAGUAAGAUAGAAGAUAUAUCAUUUUAUGUUAUCCGAAAGGAGACAAUGUGCAUUUUACCAGGUGCGAAUUUUGAAAGAAAAAAUGAAAAUACCAUACAUUAUGUACAUAAUUACAUGUAUAAGUUCACACUAAAGCGAGUUUUUAAUUACAUGUAGAAGUACGCACUAAAGUGAGUUUUUAUUUGGAUAGCACAAUUUGUCAAUUCUUUGCAUCCCAGCUAAAAAUCUUGCGGAAAUACUGAGGAAUAACGUAUGGGCGGAUGCCAAGUACACUCUUGCGUGAAAGUAUCAUUUUUAGCGUAAAUUCUGAAAGACUGUCGAAAAUCACGCAUUUUGAUAUUUUGACGGGAUUUGUAAGAUAAUUUGAUUUCCUUUUAUAUGCGAUUAUUUAUAUUUGGAGUUUCAAAUUAUAAGUCUACUAAAUAUGCAUUUCAAUUUGGAAUAUAACACAUAUAUAUAUGGCACUAUUAGAUAUAAAAUCGUGAUUUACUCAAAAUAAAAGUUUGUGAAAAACUAUCAAUGGCAUAAUGUUUGUGUUCCGCAUCUCAAUUUCGUCCAUUUUAGCGCUAACCUAAUAAAUACAUAAUAAUUGUUGUCAUGUCACUUAUAGUGAAAAAAUUGAAAUAAGAUGCAAGAUAUAUCAUUUUAUGUUAUAUAUGCGAAAGAUAACAAUGUACAUUUAUCGGAUGCGCAUUUCUGUUCC